UGUUAUUGACAAAAUGACAAGUGACAUUUAAGUAAAAACAGUGACGUUUUCAGAAGAGCUAUUUGUAUUCCUAAUUUUUUGUUUGUGCUUUAAAAUUUAGGAAUAUUUAGUUAUCGAUAUAAAUGUAACGUUUAAGGUCCUAACGACAUCUAUCCGAAAAUUUUAUUAUACCGUUCUAUUUGUUAAUUAAAUUUGAAAAUGACUGAGACGCGUCGUUUACAACUCCAUCUGGGAAAAUGUAUAGAAGAUUUAGAUAAAUUACACAAUGUUGACUUUAAAUCGAAAAGAGCUACGAUGGUAAUGAUAAUAUCUUCUUUUUAUUAAAGGUUAUGCAAAACUGCUCAAAAACUCUUUGAUUCGGCUGAAGAAGCACGUGAGAAGGGUGACGAGGAGUCUUCCUACGUCCUGUACAUGAAAUAUCUACGAGUGGUUUCAUAUAUAAGCAAAGACAAGGAUUACAUAAAGGACAAGACAUACUUUAAUAGUAUGCUCGGAACAAAAAAUCCAAACAAAGCAUUAGAUGCGGCUGAAAAAUUGAAGAACAGUCUAAUUCUGAGAUAUAAAAAAGAAGAACAGGCUCAACGUUUACAAGACAUCAAAGAGAAUGAGUUGAUUAAACAGAAGAUAGAUGAGAACAGAAAGAAAGCAAUGGAAACUGUGGUAGAAAACGAACCUCCGCCUCUUGGUGUACCAGGCCCAGACGAAGUGACAAUCAAGAGUGAUCAGCUGUACACAGUAGUGACAAGCGGCAAGCUGAAGGUAAUGAUAAUGGACGCGAGACCUGGCAAGGAUUACAUCGAGUCGCACAUUAAUCAUCCCGCUUGCAUCAGUGUGCCGGAAGAGGUUAUAUCACCUGGACAAUCAGCCCACGUCUUAGAACAAAACUUACCAGCAGCGUCCAAACCAGUGUGGGCAGAAAGGGCCUCCAUGGAUAUCAUCGUGAUGCUCGACUGGAGCAGCUCCGCUGUGAUACCGGGCAAAACGCUACAUUUACUGAAGACUAUCUUACUCAAGUGGGACAUAAAAGUGCAAUAUUCAAGACCACCGUACGCUUUAUCCGGUGGUUACGAAGACUGGCUCCUCAAGUAUCCCUCGUUAACGACCAACCCCCAAGUAAUACCUCCCUCCCAGCAGAGUAUGCUCGAUGAUAUCAUAUUAGAUGGCAUCGACUACCCCAACUUCUCGGACUUAACCCCUCCGGCGGCUCCCGUCAUCAAAGCAAGUAAACCUGGAGAGCCAGCUGUGGACCGAAGUAGCAAAACCGCGGCGCUGGCGCUGUACUCGGAGCGCGCGCGAGGAGUGCAGUCUCUGCUGGAGCAGCAGGAGCGCGUGGCCGACACCUCGCUGACGCUGGAGAUGGAGCGCCUGCAGGCCGAGCAGGAUUGGGACAACAUCCGUCGACAACGGGAAGCUGAGCAGCGAGAUGAAAUGCGCGACAUGUACAAACUGAGAGAGCAAGAGAUCAUAUCCCAACUUAUGCAGCUCGAGAGCAAGCAGUACGAUAUGGAACAAGAGAACCUCUCGCUCCGAGAACAGCUCGAGGAGUACCAACGAAGAGAGAAAGAGGAAGCAGAGAAGCUCGCUGAGAACAUCACCAAAGCGGCGGAGGAUGUCCAGGUCGAAGAUGAAGCACAAGUGGCGGCGGCGGCGGCGGCGGCGCGCGUGCGCAUCGCGGCCGCGCAGGCGCAGCGCCACGCGCUGGACCGGCGGCGCGGCGCGCUGGAGCUGGAGCGCAAGCGCAAGCUGGCCGAGGCGCGCGCCAAGAGGAAGCCCGCCCGGGAGGAUGAUGGCGACACGUACAUGGGCUCACCUACGGACAGCCCCGGAGCGACCGGCCUCAACCGGUCACAGUCCUCGCCUAACAUCGCAAAGAUAUCAUCAGAUGAGGACGAGCCAGUCGCGCCACAGUUCGAUCGCAGUACGAAGCCUCCAAAGGUGGCGCCGUCUUCCGACCUGCAGCAGAGGGACUUCCAACCGGUCUGGGGAGACGUGGGACGCGGGUUGACAGGCUUAAAGAAUCUCGGUAACACCUGCUACAUGAACUCUAUCAUACAGUGCCUCAACAACACGGCAAUUCUGUUCACGUACUUCUGCAACGGACAAUACUUGGAACAUAUUAACAGGUCGCACAGUACACGUGGAGCGAUAGCGGAAGAACUGGCAGCCGUAGUUCGUGCUCUCUGGUCUGGACAGUAUCGAUUCAUCGCCACCAAAGAUUUACGGAACGAGGUCGGUAAACACCAGCGGGCGUUUCGUGGCUGUGAGCAGCAAGACUCGCACGAGUUCCUCACCAUCCUCAUGGACUGGCUGCACCUCGACCUGCAGUUCACCAUCAAACCGCCCCAGAAGGAAACCCUAGGCGCAUCAGAGCGUGCCUGGCACGAGUACACCAAAUCGAAGGAGAGCCUGGUGCUGCGGCUGUUCUACGGGCAGAUCCGCUCCACCGUGCGCUGCACCGUCUGCCGCGCCAGCUCGCCCACCUACGACUCCUUCUCCAACCUGUCGCUGGAGCUGCCGCCGCACUCCUCGCGCUGCACGCUCGCCGACUGCCUUAACCUCUAUCUUAACGGCGAGAGGAUACCAGGGUGGAACUGUCCAAAUUGCAAGGAGAAACGAGAUGCAGUAAAGAAACUUGACAUUUCUAGACUACCCCCAGUAUUGGUUAUACAUUUUAAACGAUUCUAUGUCGACCCCAAAGAGUACACUUGCAAUGCGUACAGGAAAAAACAGACCUAUAUAGACUUUCCUUUAGAAGAUUUAGACAUGAGGCAGUUCUCAUUAGACUGUCCGGGAAACCCUCUGUACAAUCUAUACGCAGUCUCAAACCAUUACGGCUCCAUGGAAGGUGGACAUUAUACUGCCUAUUGCAAAAGCAGUGUAUAUGGGAAAUGGUACAAAUACGACGAUCAUCUCGUCACAGAAAUACCUGCAAGCGAAGUUCGUUCCAGCGCCGCCUACAUACUUUUCUACACGUCUGUCUCGCGAUCGUGAUCGUAAUUGUGACCACCAACCUGCCCAGUGACUCGCGAUCACAUAACACGAUAGUCGAUAUAUCGAUUAUCGAUAUUGAAAAAUGUCGCGUCCUCUUGAAAUAAUAACUUUUUUUUAUUUCGAUUUCUGAGCGAGUGAUAAAAACUUCAUCACUAUUUUACUACUAAUAGAUAUGAAAUAAAAUAGGUGUUAUGUAAUACAGUAACUGAAAGCUUGUUUUCGUAUGAUUUUUUUCAAGCGAUUGUCUAUGGUUCCAAUCGAGUACGUCGUACAUAGUUACCGUCAUUUGACAAAUACGUAUAUGAUUCAGGAAAUUGGAUUUGUUGUUGUAUGUUGGGUGUAUUUGUUGUUGUUUUUAAGUCUCCAUUUUAUGCGUGUCAUAUAUGUAAAAAACACUUUUUAUGUAAAUAUAGUGUUGGGUCGUUAAUGGAAAAAUAUACAUAAUAAACAAACGCCUUUCGUUCGGUUUAUAUCUUUGUCAAUAAGUGACCAGCAAGUAUAGGAUUAUACCUUUGCAUUUUGCACCAUGGGAUUUACUUCCCAAAAAUGUAAUUAUGAAAUGGAUUGUCCAUUAAUAUAAGUUACCAGUAGAAUCAAAUAAUAACCAAUAUCACAGUGAUAAACUUCUACUGAUUACAUUAUUACAUAAAAAAAAAUUAAUAAUGGACAUGGAAUAUUAAAUAAUUUUCUAAAAGUGAACUUGACUAAUAUAUGUAUGUCGCAAUUUAUUGGAAUCCCAAGACCUCGUUUAUAAUUUAAUGUAAUUUAAAAUUUGUUGUGAUUUGAUGUAAAUAUUUACAGCUCGGUUUAAUAUUUGGGCUUUUCAAAUCGAUGUUAUCGUAUUGAAGAAUAAGAUUUUGUCAGAAAAACGUUAAACGAAAAAUUAUAAUGGAUAAUAAAAAUUAAAAGCUGCAAAAUAAUGUCUAAUCAAAGAUGAAAAACAUAUUUUUAACACGAAUAUAGCUACCAUAAAAACUAUUGCAUUUUAGUGACGGGCACAUAAUAUGUCAUGAGUGAGGGUAAAAUUAUUUAGGUAUAUGACACAGAAUAAAUAUUUACUUAACAUCAUCAACUGUAUUGACGCCAGCACCACGAGUGAUGAAAACGGGAACUAAUAUUUGUAAUGUGGUAGAAUAAAACCGGACUUAGGUUUGUUGUCAACAUGUACUACUAGGAUUUGUUAUUGAAAGUGAACAAUUAUUAUUCCGAGUUAAAUAUAAUAUAGGUUAUAAAAUUCCCGCCUUUGUCCUUA